GGCGGUGGCUUGUCGUGUUGUCGUCUUCCUUCAUUCAUCAUGUAUGAUGUCUGUGACUGUGAUGAUCUGUGGUGAUGAUCACUCACUCACUCACUUCACUUCUCAUCCAUCUGUGCAGUCUGCAGUGUGACUGUGCACUCACUUGCUUUGCUUGAAGAAGUGUUCGUGUUGUGACUUGCUUGCUGCAAUAAAUGUUCCCGUUUUUUGAAGAAGUUACCGGUAUUAACAAAUUGUUUGCAGUUGUGACUAUUUACCUAUUCAAUUACUUUAGUCAGUAUUCAAGUAUCUAUUGUGAGUGUGAGGUGUAAAAUAAACUUGCGUGAAUGUGAUUGAGGAUUUCAUCCUGAAGAUGAGCUUCAAAUUGAACACAUUAUUGGUGCUCUGGGCAUCUUGGGUCGGCAUGGGGGUGUCGAGCCAGCCCGCGGCCUGCUACGAGAAUUCCAACUGCCCCACUGGGUUUUACUGCGAGAAGGCCACUACUCGAUGCCUCGAGUGCCUGCAGUGCGAGGUGUUCAAGCGCAAGCCUCCGCCAGGCGACGUAUGCGUCACGUCUGUCGUGCAUUGCGGAGGCUGCACAGAGGGGCUGGUUGAAGAUCUGCGCAUGGACAACGCGUGCGUGCCGGCGUUAAGCGCGCCGACCGCCGGCGCCGACGCCGCGGUGCCGGCGUACAUGUGGGCCGUCGUCGGACUGCUGCUCGCCGUGCUCGUCGUCCUCAUCGUCUACGUCGCCGUGAACAGGGAAACCUUGUUCCAGUUCAUCCUCAAGAUUCGUGCCACGACGUCGGUGCACAGCACUGCCGCAGCCGCGAGCCCCAGCGCGCCGGAGCCGCCGCCGCCGCCCUACACGGCGCUGUAUGCGCCCGCGCAGCCGCCGCGAUCCGAGCUGUUUGUCGUCGAUGAAGAAGCCGACCUGCUCCUGAAGCGCACGCAGGCGCCGCCGCGACCGCGCGAGGCCGCCGACUGUCAGGCCGCGCGGCCCUACAGCAACCCCAACUACAUCCGAGGCCCGACCAGUUACAACCAGAAUGAGGAAGCGGGACCGGCGUCACCCCCCUUCACUCCUCAAGAUGAAGAUACUAUGGAAAGCCCUUGGACUCCAAAUGAAACCACAAACAACGUUGUUAGUGAUUCGAACGGCAACGCGGCGGCGCUGGCGAAUAUGGCGGGCGCGGCGGGGCCGGCGGCCGGCGCGCGCGCGGCCGACUCGGACGACGAGGGCCCGCCUGCCAAGACCCUGUGCGUCAGAGAGGAUUCGAACAACAACCGCGGGCGCGAGUCUGGCGCGGGCGCGGCGCCGGCGCUCGGGCCCGUCGUGCACAUCAGCGUCGUCAGCAACUUCACGUCGCUGGAGCAGCGCAACAACGUCAACCUGCCCGGGCACUAGCCCCUCGCCACGACCCGCUGCCUUGAAGCCCGUCAGACAACAACUUAGCAGUAAUAAACAUACACGGUCGCUUACUGCUCUUGCGGUCAUAGUCAAUUGCAAUUUUACCGUGCUGCCAACCUUCGACUUACAAGAUUACUUAUUAUUUUCAGGAUUGCCAAUUUCUGUUAGACUAAUGCCCGUUUUCACCAUCAAUCGUUAAUUCGUUCAUCGUGACCCCUAUGAAAACAAAAUUCCUGUUAUGUUUUACCAUAGGGGACACUUAAAAAUUAGGGAUUGAUGGUGAAAACGGGCAUUCUUGUAUUAAGAAUCUUUAGCGAAUCUAUCCGUGAUGCGCAUAGUCCGAACUGUAACGUCUCUUGGCGGAGCCGAAGAGGCUUAUUUUAAAAUUUAAGCCUUGCCUUACAUCACAUUUUUUACUACUUAAUUUCUAUGUUUUGCUAUGUUUUUUAGUUCGUUGUCGUUAACCUGUGAUUAAACUAAUCUUCUAUUUGCCAACCUUUAGCCAUGCCAUUUUAAAUCAAAUUUAAAUUCCUCUCUUCUUCUUUACUGACUUAUUCGCCCGAACAAAACAAUGCCAAAAAUAUAAAAACGUAAAAUAAGGAGAUUUGAGUGCGUAUUUUAGAAAGAGGGAAAUAAAAGUUUCGACUAAAAAGGUUAAGGUUUUGUACUUUAUUGUUUAAAAUAUUUCAUAACGUUUUUCAAGUUUUGUAAGAAAAAGGUAAAUAAAUAAAUUUUUCUAUUACUAAUUUUGCUCUAAAAUGAACUACAUUAGCAACUAUGUUAUUUUAAGUUAAAACUAGUUUAAUGUGGUCACCCGGCCGGGACCGCUAAAGCACUCAAGUGUGUGCAGGCGUAUGACGUGCUCCCAGUCCGUUCAAAAGGUUAGUAACGAGAACGACUGACCCACAGGCUGUAUCAAAUUCACAGCUAAAGUUGACCGGGAAAAUACCGUCACUUUAUACGCCCGCAGCACACGGCGUCGCUAGUGUUGUAGCUAGAUGUAGUGAAUAUAUCAAAUACCUACAAGCAGUGUGCGUUAUAACUAGUGAUGCAAGAGAUCGAGUAUUAUAAACCUUAUGACAGUAAAAUGUAAACACUACACAGUAUUAAAAAUGAGUACAUCGUUUUUGUAGGCCUU